GUCGCGAGCUCGCGGGCGGAGGGGGGGAAGCGGGGGGGAAGCGGGAGAGGCGAAGAAGUGCGCGUGCGCACUGCGGGCUGGGUUGCAGCAGGCAGCGGCGGCGGCGCGGCGGCGGCGGUUGAGCUCGCGGGCGGCGGUUUCCACAACAUCUGAUCCACCAUGGCUGAUGACCUGGACUUCGAGACCGGCGAUGCCGGCGCCUCCGCCACUUUCCCCAUGCAGUGCUCCGCCCUCCGGAAGAACGGCUUCGUGGUGCUCAAGGGGCGUCCCUGCAAAAUUGUGGAGAUGUCCACUUCGAAGACGGGCAAGCACGGCCACGCCAAAGUGCAUCUCGUCGGCAUCGACAUCUUCACUGGGAAAAAAUAUGAAGAUAUCUGCCCCUCCACUCACAACAUGGACGUGCCCAACAUCAAGAGAAAUGACUUCCAGCUUAUUGGGAUCCAGGAUGGCUACCUUUCUCUGCUCCAGGACAGCGGGGAUGUCCGGGAGGAUCUGCGUCUCCCUGAGGGAGACCUGGGCAAGGAGAUCGAACAGAAAUACGACAGUGGAGAAGAAAUACUGAUCACCGUUCUGUCUGCAAUGACGGAGGAAGCUGCUGUCGCCAUCAAAGCCAUGGCUAAAUAAAGGAACCACAGGUGAGUCCAGGCAACAGCCGCAGCCGCAACAAACUUAUAAUGAACCAGAGAGGAUCGCAACCCGCAGACUGUCAGAUUGGGCUCCAAACCCACCCAAAAUCUUGGUUUUUUUCCCCCUCCCCUUCCCCCUUUUUCUUUUCUUCUUCUUCUUUCUUCUCUCUUUCCCUUCCUUUCAAACAAAACAAACGCCCCCCUCCCUUUUCCCAUCCACCCACCCCCCCUCUUCGAAUCCUUCCCUUUUGAAUUAAAACGAAAGAAAAACCAA